CUGGGGUGAAAAAUAUCUGCCGUGUUAUUUCACUCACGGCCACUCCAAAGCACAUUAUAAUUUGGCAGCAACAAGAUAUGUAACGAGUUAUUGAGCGAGACCGAAAUGAACUGCGCCUGCGUUUGCUCCUCUCAAUUGGGGACAAGCACAACUCCCCAUCUUCCUAAAUUUAUGUUUUUCAGACACAACAUCAGCAACAACAGUAACCCACUCUUGUUCCUGGGUUUUAAGUACGGUGGCAACAAUUUAAGACUUCAAACAGCAGUUAAAACCCAGCCCCAGAAAUUAUUCCAUAGACAGUCUGUCAUCAGAUGUGAAGGUCCUCCUCAGAAUGCUGAUUUUCCUCGUUACUAUUCUAAGAAAGAGAAGAAGCCCUUUCCUAUACCCAUAGUGGAAUUGCGGAGAAAUGCUAGACAGAGGAUGAAGGACAGGAGAGGCAAGCCUAAAGCACUAGUCCCUCCACCAAAGAAUGGGUUGCUGGUCAAAAGAUUGAUUCCUGUUGCAUACAGUGUUUACAAUGCAAGAAUAACACUCAUUAACAAUCUGAAGAAGCUCCUGAAGGUUGUGCCUGUUCUUGCCUGCAGGUGGUGCAACGAAAUCCAUGUGGGACCUGUUGGACAUCCGUUCAAAUCAUGUAGAGGCCCAAAUGCUUCACUUCGUAGGGGACAUCAUGAGUGGACAAAGGCAGUGGUUGAGGACAUACUAGUUCCAAUUGAUGCUUACCACCUCUUUGACCGUCUAGGUAGGCGUAUACCUCAUGAAGACAGGUUUUCAGUCCCUCGAGUUCCAGCAGUUGUUGAGCUCUGUAUUCAAGCGGGUGUUGAUUUGCCUGAGUUUCCAACGAAAAGAAGAAGAAAGCCAAUCAUUCGCAUUAGCAAAAGUGAGUUUGUUGAUGCUGAUGAAAGUGAACUGCCAGACCCUGAUCCAUAUGUUCCAAUGGAAAGUAUAUUAACUGAGGAAAAUGAUAACAGAUUAGUAGUCCCAUCAAAUGCAGAUGAAAUAGUCUUGCUUGCCGAGGAAACACUUGAAGCAUGGGAAAAAAUGAGAGUAGGAGCGAACAGGUUGAUGAAAAUGUACCCUGUGAGGGUUUGUGGCUAUUGUCCUGAGGUACAUGUUGGCGGCAGUGGACAUAAGGCACAAAAUUGUGGGGCACAUAAGCACCAGCAACGGAAUGGACAACAUGGCUGGCAGUCUGCAGUCCUUGAUGAUUUUAUACCCCCAAGAUAUGUUUGGCACGUUCCUGAUCUCAGUAAACCCGAAUUACAAAGGGAGCUCAGGAGCUUUUAUGGUCAGGCUCCAGCAGUGGUUGAAAUAUGUGUGCAGGGCGGUGCUGCUGCACCUGAACGCUACCAACCAACAAUGAGGUUAAACGUGGGGAUUCCAUCGACUGUAAAAGAAGCUGAAAUGGUAGUGUAACUGUUUCUCUUUUUACCCUUCACAAUCAUCUGUUACAUAGUGUAAGAAUAGCGUGUAACCUAUUGAAGUUGCACAUUAUAUUUCUCAGUGGAAAUCUAAACAUAAGUUCAUGAUUU